CACAGGGGCAAUGUAAUGGAAAAAUUGCGACGCAAGAGAUUAUUAUGUAUUUUAUUUGAUACCAGAGAUACUUUAUGAUUGAUUUCCGAAUAAGGUAGUUUUUAGUAUAAACGAUAUGUAGUUGUUUUUCAAAUGGAUUAUUUAUACUUUGUUAUAUCUAUUGCAACUCGCAAAAAAUUUAAACUAUCUCUUAUUAUCGCGCUAUCUUCAAGAUCUUAGCAGAUCUUAGUCAGUUGUGGUGCUGUUAUGAUAUUGUUGACAUUUUUGUAAAGUGAAAAAGUAGCGGUAUGUUUGUCAUUUGCAAGAACAAUGAAAUAUUUACUCUAUGAGUAAUGACCAAUGCUGCUUUGCCAAAGUGAAGAGCGACAGAGCAUUUCAUCCAUAUGACAUUUUGAAAAAUUUCAACAAAUAUAGAUAGUAUUUCUAAAAAUUGUGGAAAUGGAUAGCCUUUUCACACAAAAUAUCACAGAUGAACCAGAUGACAUACCACAGACAGAUGAACCAGUUUGGGUUCUUGGGAGAAAAUAUAAUGCCAUAAGAGGAUCUUAUAUUUCAGAACUCGACGCAAUUCGUAGUGAUAUAAGGUCUAAAUUAUGGUUCACCUAUCGUAAAGGUUUUCCAUCUAUUGGUGGCUACAAUUCUUCAUAUACAAGUGAUAGAGGUUGGGGUUGCAUGUUACGAUGUGGACAAAUGGUCCUUGGCCAAGCUUUAAUCACAUUAAACUUAGGUAGAGACUGGCAAUGGGAACCAGAGAAAAGCAAGGAUAGCACGUACCUGAAAAUUCUGGAGCGCUUUGAAGACAAAAGAACUGCCACAUACUCUAUUCAUCAAAUUGCAUUAACAGGAGAAUCUGAAGGAAAAGAAGUUGGACAGUGGUUUGGUCCCAAUACAAUAGCACAAGUAUUAAAAAAGUUAGUUGUGUAUGAUGAAUGGGACUCGAUUACAAUACACGUGGCUCUGGACAAUAUGAUAAUAAUUAAUGAUAUUUUAAAACAAUGUAGAAUAGAAGGAGGUACAACUGCAGAAGCAGAUGGUAAUAUACCACUGAAAGCACCUAACCAAUGGAAGCCUUUAUUACUUUUAAUACCUCUUCGUCUCGGAUUAAGCGAGAUUAAUCCUAUCUACAUUGAUGGGCUUAAAAAUUCAUUGAAGAUCCAACAAUCUUUAGGGAUAAUAGGAGGAAAACCCAAUUAUGCAUUGUAUAUCAUAGGAUAUGUUGGGAAUGAAAUAAUUUAUUUGGAUCCUCACACUACUCAAAGAUCAGGCAGUGUUGAAGACUCUGAGAUGGAUGCUACUUAUCAUUGCAAGUCUGCUAAUCGUAUUCCUAUCACAGGGAUAGAUCCUUCUGUAGCACUUUGUUUCUUAUGUCCGACCGAACACGAUUUUAAAUCUUUAUGUAAAUCCAUUCAAGAAGAAUUAAUCACGCCAGAAAAGCAACCUUUGCUUUACGUAUGUACAGAGAGAUUACCAAAUUGGUCACCAGUUAAAAAACCUCCAUUGGAAGCAAAAGCAGUGACAAGUUUUGUAGAUUUUGAACAUAUAGGUCUACAGUAUGAUACGUCUGAUGAAGACUUUGAACUGCUCGGUUGACAUUUAAUCGUCAAUUAAGAUCAGUCUGCGAUUUAAGAAAUAUGUAUAUAAUAACCUGGAUGGUCCGUUCAUACAUACACUACAAUAUUACUCAACUUUUCAUUGGAAAUACAUACUUGAAUUAUACUAGUGCUAUUCCAGUACUAGAAGUUGAACAAUAAAAUUAUUUAUACCAAAUAAUUAAAAUAUUGUAUAUAUUACUUAUAUUUAAAUACUUCGGACUUGGGUGAUCUAUUCAUUGUUAAUACAUUAUACGAUUUUGGUACAAAACAAAACUGUUGUUCGUAAAGAAAUAUUCACUUCUGCAUAUAAUACAGUAUAUACUUACUCUUGUAUACUAACUAAACUAAUAAUAAUAUAUGUUAACCAAAUUUAAAUAAUCAAAUUACUUCCAUGAUUAUACAUUUGAAGAUGGUUUGAAAAUAUCAAGUUUUUUUUUUAAAUUAUUCAUUUCAAACAUAAAUAAUUGUAAUAUUAAGAGAAUAUAUUUAUUUACUUUUCUUCAAAAUACAGUCAUAGUACACAUUAAAUAACAUGGGAAGGUCACAAUUCAUACAAGUGAUUUUUUUAGUAGAGUCAAGCUUAAAUUAUAGGUUAAAAUCAAUAUAAACAAACUGCAGGAUGUUGUUCCUCUUGCUCAAGAAGCUGCAUUUUGAGUGACUCGAUGGAUGGUAUGUUGUUGCAUAAUUUUAUUUCAGUACGAAAUGCUUCAUAAUCCUUUGGUAAUGUGUUUAGAAGCAUUACAGAUAACAUUUCUCCUGGUAUUUGAAUUCCAAAGUCUUCUAAUUCUUUCGCUUUGUAUUGAAACUUGUCCACAAACUCCAUCAUACUUUCAUUUGCUCUCUUCUUCAUUCGACGUAAUUGUUCAUACAAAACUGUUUCCUUCAUUGAAUCAUUUGCUUCGUAUUUCUUUUUUAGAAUAGUCCAUGCAUCAUACGCUGUUUUUGCAUUCAUUAUAUGAUUAAACUGUGGCCUCCUUACACUUAAUAAUAUGAAGGCAAGAGCCCUCUCGUCUUUCUUAUCAAACUCUAUUGCAUUCUGAUCUGUUUUUAUUAUUUCUCCGUUUACAUAUGGCCAUAAGUCAUUAAGGAUUAAUACUUGUUUCAUUUCUAGCUUCCAACUAUCAUAAUUUUGUUUAGAAAGUUUCUGUAUAUUACAAUUUCCAACAAAACCCUCCAUGGUUUUAUUAUUCUCUCGUUAAGCACGUGUUAUCACAGCUUACACUUUUUUCUAUGUUUAUUAUUCACAUAAUAGAUUUCACUUAUCCUCUGGAUCCAUAAACUAACAAGAAUUUCAUAUUGAACUGUUGAAUCAUUUAAAAUGAUUUAAAACUACUUAGUAACAGUUUUGUUACAAAUGUUUGCAAAUAAUGUGAUUUCACUACCUUGUAUAUGUACACAUGUUACAUCAGUUAAAUUAAACGCCACAAACCACAACACAACGUGAUCGACCUACAAUGCAGUUUCCAACGCAACGAUAUAGGUUAUAUCAGGUUAUUUAGUACGUUCCAUAAGAAGGCGAAGUUAUAUACAUAUAUAUAGAUGUAAAUGUAUGUAAUAGAGGUUAUCAUGCGAUCAAAAUUUCAUUGGUCGACGCUGGUCGGUUUUUUAUUAAAUAAUAAUCUUAGGUAGAAUCACGGUAAUCAUUUCUGAACAUGAUUAAACAAUUAAUUUUAAUAUUACGUUAUUAAGAGUAACUACAAGUUGAAUUUACAUUUGGAACUAUGAUGACAUUUAUUACAAUUCAGUAUAUAAUAAAUAUAAAUUUUUAAAACUUAUAGGAAAAAGCUAUAAAAUAAUUAGUCUAUUACUACUUAAACGCUGGUUAUAAUACAAAUAUAAAAAUAAUUGAUUAUCAUGUGAUACUUAAAUAUACAAUUUUAAAUAUUACAUAUUUUAUAUAAUAAUUUUAAAUAUCAAAUAAUAUAUAUUUAAGAUAAAUGUGUAUGUACUUUACAAACAACAAACUGUAUUUAUUUAAAUGUCAUACAAUUUUAUCUAAUAAAAUGAAACUUCAAAUUUAAAAGUAUUUUUAUUACUGUUAAUAAAAAUAUAUGAUUACAAUUAUAACAGAUGUAUACAGUAUAAAAUAAUAUAAGCAUCACAAUCAAAAUAACUCGUUAUAUAACAUAUUAUACACUUUUAUUAUUUAUCAUUUUUAAUACAUAUAUUUAUAAAUUAUUAAAUUUAAAUGUUGUUAGCCAUUUAGACAUGAACUAUUGCACUUACAUGUUACUAGCCAUUUAAUUUAUUGUACUUAAGUGUUAGUUAUCAGAUUACACAUUUACAGAAUUCAUUCAUUCGCUUAUACAAAAAUAAAUAUGUUCACGUUUGUUCGCAAAACUCGUAUUGUUUAAGGAUCACAUCUUAGUAUUUAAUUUUGUUAUGCUAUAUGUAUUCAGAUAAUUAUUACAAUAAUAAUUAUAAUAUGAACAUUUAUACAUAAACCUUAUAAACAUAUAGUAGAAAUAAAAAAAGAA